UCGCCAAUAAGAACAGAAUUCCCUGCAAAAGCAUCAGUGCCAAAAGUGAAAAAUUUGUGCAAAUCGUGAAGAAAAUUGCAAUUUUGUUGCUAAAAUUUGAAUUCGGUUGUGCUCAAGUGGUUUCAAGUUGCGGCGAAGAUCGUGCUUCAGCUGAAGAAAGUGAAGGUUUCAACGGGGCAGUGAAUUUCGGUGCGUUUCGCGGAAUUUAAUCUGCUACGAAAAGCUAACCUCCAAAGUCGCCCACUCUUCUCUCGGGUGGCGGAGGCUGUGUUUUUGUUUUGGUGUUUGGUUCGUUCGAACAAGAAGCGUCGCAAAUAGAAAACGGAUUCUUAUCAGCAAUGAUGAUGGGCAAGCAAGGACGAUAGCCGGUGGUCAGCGAACGUUGCAUUGAGAAGUGGCUUGGGAGCUAGAGAACAGAACGGAAGCAGCGGGGAGUUGGCGGCCGCCGCUGCGAGCAUUAUGCAGCAGCAUUCUGGACCGAGCGGGGGCAGGAGCGCAGGAGGAAUGAACAACGGCGACUCGGGAAUCCUGCGGAAGCCGGGCAUCGGCGGACACCACCACCACCAUCAUUUCUUCCACCAGGACAACUUUGCCGACCUGCUGGUGUUCGGGUACUCGUGCAAGGUCUUUCGGGACGACGAGAAGGCCCGCUUCAUCGAUCAGGGCCGGCACCUGAUACCGUGGAUGGGCGACAAUCAGUUGAAGAUAGACAGAUACGACGCCCGGGGUGCCCUGCACGACCUGUCGCAGCAUGAGCCUCCGCUCGGGGGCUACGGGAACCGGUUCGACUGUUUGCCACCGGCCGAGCAACGGGCAGAGCAGCUGUGCGAGGAGGAACGAUACUACAGCCUCUACGCUAACGAAGUAGAGGAGGAGAUCCAGCAGGAAGAGAAAGCCAAGCGCGAGGCUGAAGCUGGAGCUGAGAUACCUUUUGAUUAUGAUGCACCUCCAGCACCGGUGGUCGGCCCGGAACCGGCGGCAGUCGGCGACGACGAUGAAAAUAGCCUCGACCCACCCUUUGUCGCUCCGACCAACUUCGAAAUCCCAUCGGAAUUGGACGUGCCGGAAACGAUGAAAGAACAUGCCAUCAUAGAAAAGACUGCCAAAUUCAUCGCCUCCCAGGAUUCCCAAAUGGAAAUUCUGCUCAGGGCGAAACAAGCCGAUAAUCCGCAGUUUGGGUUUCUCAGCCCCGGUGGACGAUUGUACCGAUACUAUCGGCACAUGCUGAUGGCCAUCAAGACCAAUCAGUACCCGGAGGAAGUCCCGGAAGAAGAACCAAACGGUGCGGAUAAUGCAGCGCAAGACGCCAUAGAGACUGCCGAACCGUCCCCUGAGAAACCCGCUGUAGUAGUUCCCGCCAUAAAAUACAAACCAUCGAUAGAUUGUGCCUACACACAGUUGAUCAGCAAGAUAACCGGGGCUCCAAUACCCAUCAAAGAUACGCCUUCAGAAGAUGAUCUCAAUAUGGAAUCUGCAUCAUCGAACUUACCCAUCCAGCCAAGUGAGGUGGACCUGGUUCCGGAAACGGCAAAACCCAUCGUAGAAGUAAGCAAAGUUUCCACCGGUUUAGCUGGGCUUGUGCAAUACGACUCCGAUAGUGACGAAAGUGGGGACGAACAUGCCAGCGAAAAGAAGGAGAAGAAAGCGGAUCCGGAUAUGGAGAAGAGGGAAAUCACAUUCAGUGGAAAGGUUCCGCCGGAAAUCUUCCAGCAUGUGAUUGAGAAAACCGCAACGUACGUCGCUAAAAACGGUUACAGCUUCGAGGAAGCACUGCGAACGAAGAAUGAUCCUCGGUUUCUGUUUCUUCGGAAGGAUCACGAGUUCUACCCUUUCUAUGCCUUUCGGGUGCGAUAUUUGAUCAACCCAUUCGAAGAGGUACCGAAAAGUCCGGAAAAGGUGACCAUAACGAGAGAAAUUGAAAAUGGCACAGUCGUGGAGACGCCCAGUAUCGGUAUCAAAACGGUCAAUACGGCUCCGGUUCCAGUUCCUGCGCCGCAGACGCAAAUACAGGCGAACAAGCCGGGUGGGGCGGUCUGCUUUUCGAUCAAAAGCAAAGACGAUGCUUCUGUUGCGUUGAAAUCCAAUGUUGCGCAGGAAUUGGGAGGUGAUGAAGAAGAAGUUGUGCCGCUGGUGGAGCAGAAAAGGGAAAACGAAAAGAGUAAAUCUCCGGUAUCUCGUGAAAAGACUCCAGAGGUUCCGGAGCAGACAAAACAACCGUCCGAAGAAAAGGAUAAGGUCGAGGAGGACGUUAAAGUUGCUAGCAGUAGCAGCACACCGCCUCCGGUUGCUGUCACUCCUCCAGUGGAGGAGCUCAAAAGCUCAACCCCACCCUUGGAGGAUUGCAAACCGGUGAAUACCAGUUCCACAUCGCCAGACAACAAUGCCGGUGAAAAUGCUUCCAAAGAUCAAAAACGCCUAGAAGAUCGCAUCAAAGAUAAACUGGCGGUGGCGGCUCGCGAAAAACUGGCAUCACUCGCGAAAGAAAAACAACUCCAGCUGGAACGAAAAAAGAGGGCAAGCAUGUUCGUUAGUUUAAUCAACAAAACCGAAUCGGAUCAGCCCACCGAUGAGCCUCCUGCCAAGAAGCAAACCCGCGAAACCACACCCGAAGAACCGCCACCCGCGGCCACACCAUCUUCGAAAAAUGGUCUCGAACUGCUGAAAAAUCAAUUCUCCGACCAUGACGAUGACGACGGCGAAGAGGACGACGACGGCGACGAACAGGAAGCGGACGGAGACGGAAGCAGCGACAGUUCGGAACUGUCGGUGCAUUCGAUCCCGUCCGGGAGCGAUACUCCCGAUUCGAAGCAAGCGCCCAGCAGUGCCGAAGACGAUGUGGUUUUCGUGGCGGAAAACAACGGCGACAGACCGUCCCGAUCACGGACCCGAUCGAAGUCCGUUUCUCUGUCGAGCACCAGCAAACACAAGAAACGAAAGCACAAACACAAAAGCAAAAGUAAGAAAUCUAAGAAGAAAAAGUCCGGCGGUACCAGUCGGAGCCGCAGCCGUUCGCCGAGUAAGAAGAAACGGAAACGCAGCAGGAGUAGGUCGAAGAGUUCGAGACGAUCUAGGAGUAGGUCUCCGCUGGAGAAAGAUGCAAAGAAGAAAAAGAAGAAGAGCAAAAAGAAGAGUCACAAACACAGCAAAACUCCCCGAUCUUCUUCGUCGUCGCGGUACCAUCACCGGAAGGAGCAUAGGGAGAAAAAUGAUCGUUAUUCGGAUUAUUAGGCACUAGAUGGAGACGAGAAGACUUUUUUUGUGAAUAAUAAUGAGCGAUUAGUAAAAGAAUAGUGUGCGAGAA